AAUAACUACAACAACUUAAGCUUUAUCCCACUAGGUGGAGUUGGCUACAUAAUUAGAUAAAUUUUUGGACUUAGUUGGUGUACUUUGGAGGUUUGUGACCCAAUGGCUUUAUUGGUGUUCUGUUGUAAAUUGUAAUGUCAUCUCUCUCUCUCUCUCUCUCUCUCUCUCUCUCUCUCUCUCUCUCUGCCAGUAAUGCUCUGUCUCGUCCCCAUUUGCCUCGCUGAGACCGGCAAUGGAACCUCCACCUAGACCUCCAUUAUUAUGCCCGUAGCAGAGCGCACCAACCAUGUGCGACCUCGCGAGGAGCACAAUUCGCACUGCGCGGAGCGUCCGAAGAUCUGUUCUCGACUUCCUCCACCUCUUGCCCACUUCCUUCUUUGCUCUGCUUCUGUUGCUCCUCUUGGGUUACAAUGCCGCGUCCAUAUUCUCCGUUCGAGUCCCCAGCGACCCGCUUCAGAGACUGCCUCCUUCUUCACCUUCGGCUUCGGCUUCCAAGAUGACUUCCAGCAAUGUCAUGUACGCCAUUCGGGAAGAGAACCCGCCUCUGGUCUCGAAGACCCAUUUGGCCCUUCUGCAGAAAGAUGAGAUUUUAGUCAGACCCAUCAACAGUUCUCUGGCGUCGAGGCCAGAGAAAUGGCGUCGCAGACCCAAGCAUGGGCCUAGAACGCUGCGCUUUGGCGCUCAGUCAAGAGGGUUCGCGGCGAAAGUGAAUAACUUCUUUGGGACUUGCAAGGUGCGGUUCUUCAUGACUUGGAUUAGCCCGCUGGAGUCAUUUGGUGAGAGAGAGUUGUUCACAGUCGAGAGCCUGUUCAAUUCCCACCCAGAUGGUUGUUUGGUGAUCGUCUCGAGCUCAUUGGAUUCGAACAAGGGGAGCGGGAUUUUGAGGCCAUUUCGGGAUAAGGGUCACAAAGUGAUCGCAAUUUCACCCAAUUUCGGGUACCUGCUCAAGGACACUCCUGCUCAAUUGUGGUUUCAGAGGUUGAGAAGAGGGAAUUUGGAUCCUGGUGAGGUUGCUCUGGGUCAAAACCUCUCUAAUCUGCUCAGGCUUGUCUUGCUGUAUAAAUUUGGUGGGGUAUACAUAGACACCGAUGUCAUAGUUCUGAAGAGCCUGUCCCAACUGAGGAAUGUGAUUGGGGCCCAAACGCUUGACCUCGAGACCGGAAACUGGAGCAGGCUGAACAAUGCGGUGCUGGUGUUCGACAAGAGCCACCCGCUGCUCUUCAAGUUCAUCGAGGAAUUCGCGCUCACGUUCGACGGCAACAAGUGGGGCCACAACGGGCCAUACCUGGUGUCGAGGGUCAUCUCGAGGGUGAGCGGGCGGCCCGGGUACAACUUCGCCGUGCUGCCGCCGCCGGCGUUCUACCCGGUAGACUGGAGCCGGGUCCGGAGCCUCUUCAGGGGGCCUCGAGGUCAGCUGCACUCCAAGUGGCUGCACAACAAGCUGAGGCACAUAGGGAGGCAGAGCUACGCGGUUCACUUGUGGAAUAAGCAGAGCAGGAAGCUCAGGGUGGAGAGAGGAAGCAUAGUUGAUCACCUGAUGCUAGAUUGCUGCAUCUUCUGCAAUAAAUCAGUGUCCAAUCUGUAGAUAAUACAAGAAUAAGGACUAGAAAUUGCCAAUUAUACAUGUAGAGCUUGUUUGUGGCUAUGGGGGCAAACUCAGUCCAUUCCACAGUCAAGAUAGCGUUUCAAUCUUUCUUCCUGUCAAUAAAUUGAAUGAGAAUCCUGUUCUGUUGA